GGAGAGAGACACCAGUCACCCUUCAUCGUUUCUAUAAUCGAGCGUCGAGCUGCAUGAUCUGCACCUCUGCAAUUACGCAUGUUCCGUGUUGGGUUGGCUUCUCGGUAAACAGCGCAGCGCUGGCGCAGGCAAACAGCUCCGGGCUCGCUGCUGCUGCAUCCCCCACAAGUUGUUAGCGUGUGUGGAGGCAAGAGGCGGGCUGGCUUGUUUAUCAAAAAUGACUCGACAUGGCUGUGGCUUCUUCUUUCGCUCAUCACACUCGGCUUUGCGAGCGACCGUGGAAACCAUGACACGUUAAGUGAGAGUGAGGCGCAAAUCAUCUUGAUGAAAGUCAUAAGUUGGGUUGGGUGGCCAUGGACCCAUUCAGCCAGCUUAUCCUCACCAUCUCGGUGACCAGUUUCAUCACCUUCCAGUGGCUCUUCCACAAAGUCAGCCCCUGGAUGUCCACGCGCAUCAGUCCCGGCUUCCUCAGCCUCAGUGACAAGCAGAAGGUGGAGUGGAACUCAAGGACGGUGUCAACUUUUCACGCACUGUUGGUGGGAAUCUUCUGUCUCCACAUUUUGAUGUUUGACGACCCCGUCAAUGAAGACCCAGUCUGGGGAGAUCCUACACUGGUGAAGACUAAUGUUGCCAUCACAACAGGCUACCUCAUAUCUGAUCUGCUGCUAAUAUUUUACUAUUGGAAGGCGAUAGGCGACAAGUUUUUUGUAGUUCACCAUCUGGCAGCAUUGUAUGCUUACUACUAUGUACUGGGUCAUGGAAUGUUGCCUUAUUUUGCUAACUUCCGUCUACUAGCUGAGUUUUCUACACCAUGUGUGAACCAGCGCUGGUUCUUUGAGGUACUUGGUUAUCCCAAGUCCUCCCGGCCCAACAUGGCAAAUGGUGUUGCCAUGGCCGUCGUCUUUUUUAUGGUCCGCAUCGCCGUCAUGCCGGUCUACUACAGUCGUAUGUAUGCAGUCUACGGCACGGAGGCCUUCUAUCUGGUGCCCUGGGGAGGCCGCGUAGCCUGGAUCGGCUCCAGUAUCUGCUUGGACAUCAUGAACGUCAUGUGGAUGCAUAAGAUCGCCCGCGGCUGCUACAGGGUGUUGCAAUCGGCACAAAAGAGCAAGUCUUGUGCACCUCAGGAGAACGGGAAGAUGGAUUAAGAGAACAUGAUGUCAUUGUUCAGAAAACAGACUAAGAGGAAAUGACAUCACUCUCAGUGCAUUGGCGAGCAGCGGCUUUGACACUUGCCUGUCACUCCUGGAACGAAUGUAAUGAGAUUUGACGAUGGACCGUGUAACUGGCCACCCCUAAGCCAUGAAAUGACCUCUUAGCAAUACCCCUUGUGCAUGGCCAAUUAUCUUUCUCUUGAACAAUUUCCCCCCACACACACAAAAGGGAGCAUCCUGGGAACAAUGGACUGUUUGCCCGUCCAUAAGUUGUCAAAAAGUUUACUUUCUUAAAAAAAAAAAAAAAAAAAAAACCUGCUGAACAAAAUACUUUUUUUUAUUAUUACUGCAAUCCAGUUUCAGAAUAAAAGUGACGACAUGCGAGUUAAUUUUGGUGACAUAAAGAUUUGAGGGAUCGUUGAAAACGUUCAGUGAUUUCUCCAUAAUGGUCAGUGCCAUACAAAAUCAUUAUCAGAUGCCUGUUCAGGAGAGCAUCAAGCAUCUGUGUUUUUCUCAUUAUAUCUCAUGAGGAGUUUGCAGGAAGCUGAAAUUGCAGGGAUUUGACUGGCACAUGAUGGAUUUACAUAAAAGUGCUUUCACAUAAAAGAGUAUGGAGCCAGGAUUUUAAGGAGUUAUUGGAAUAUGUUGAAUAUGUUCUCUAUUUAUUGUCUUGCUUGGUAUGAGGUGAACCCUUUUUUUUUUAAAGAUACCAUUAAAGAUUACUGUUUUAUCCAAAAGGGGACUUUUGCUUAAAUUAAAUGUUAAAAGGGAAACUGAAUGUCUAAGCUUUGUUUAUACACUGAUGUUGAACAUGCAAGAAUAUUAUUUUUCCUUAAAGAAGUACCAAGGUGACACCAGGUUUUUAAAUAGCACAUUGCAUCAACAAACACAGGUUGCAGACACUGUUUCGUAGGACACUGCUUUAUAUUUAUUUCAGAUUGCAGGUUAGGAGGCUUGGUGCCAGUUCAAAGUCAGUGUCACCUAUAAUGACUUAAACAGAUAAAGAGAAACUGCUUUAGUUGUUCAUCCAGCGUCAGGUUUUUGAAAGAGUUAUAUAGUUACUAUCACAUACUAUUUCUGAUAUCUUUUCAGGCACAAAUGUUUAAAUUGACCGACCCCUGGGCAACUUUUGCCAACAAGCUACUUUGUUUUCUUUUUUCAUGAAGGCACCGGACGUUUUAUCCAACGAUUUCUAUUCAGUGUAUGAUUUCAUGACAUUCAUUUGGAAAAAAAACAGACUUUCUUUCUGAUGUUUUGAUUUUUGUAAAAUCUAAGACAUGAAUCAGUGUUUCAGAUAGCUAUAGCUCUGUGUAUCAUUUUCUCAGAGCAUUGUGCUACAAAAAGCAUCUGCCUCAUGUUACAUAUGAUUUUCAGUCAGCUGUUUAACACAAUGUCUACUCCCACAUUUAUUCAUCUGAUGGAUACAAGGCUGUGUUUAUUUCAGGGGAUACUAAUAUAUAUAUAGAGAGGAGUAGUGAAUAUUCACAUGAGAAUAUUUUUCUUAAACAUGUUUUCUGACAAAGCCGUUUUAUGUGAGUCAUAGCUAAACUCUGAAAACAGGAACAAAUCUUUUCAAACCUUUUAAAGACAGAUGUAUCAUUUGUUCACAUUAGAAGUAACCAUUCAUUGAUGAUUUACAAAACAUGUACUUGAAUUUGAAUUGUAAACGUGUCUUUAUAUGAGCUGUACAUCAAAAAGCUGGCGUCAAGUGUUUUGUGAAACAGAAAACAGGGAUUGCUCCUUUUUAAAGCAAUCCUUGCCCUGUUCAGCAUUUAAUUUUGUUGCCUUUAAAAAAAACAAAAAAAAAAAAACUUAUGAUUGCACAAUGAAUCUUUUUUUUUUUUUUUUUUUUUUUUUGUCGCAUCCAACUCCUCACACGCUGAAAAAUGUGUAGUUUUUCAGUGAUUUCACAUUUGUGUUUUUCAUGUCUGAUGCCUGUCCAAAUUGAUUCUUUGGCCUUUGUAUUGGAUCACUUUGAAAUAAGGAAUCAUGGCUUUCUGCGGCUGGUUGCUUGGUUGUUUUUUGUUUUGUUAUGGUUUUUUGUGCCAGUGCUCAAACCGUCACUACUCCAUAGUAAAGUUAUUUUUUCUCAUCUCCAUGAGCAUACGACUGUGCCAACCUGCAACCAUUGUUUUUAUGGUUGACAUUAAUUCUGCUCACUCUGUGGUUAGUCACUGUACACUAAGGGUCAUUUUAGUUUGGCAUGGUUAAACAGUGUGAAAGCCGAACAGAUAGUGUGUUUGGAACAGGGAGCAGGAAACAGCUGAUUAUGGGUUGUUGUCAUCUACAUUACAUGUAGAUAUCACUAUCUCACAUCUAAGAGCCAGGGUGUAGUGUUUGUUGAUAUUUUACCCGUAUUAAAUAGAAAUCAUGCAUUGAUUUCAGAACAGUGGGCGACUUCUGGUAGAAUUAGGAGUGGCUCUGUAUGCAUGGUCAAUAUGGUCUUCUAAUUCAUGCACCCUCUAUAGCUGCAUGUGGUAUUGCAUGGGGAUUGCACUGUAAACAAAAUAGCAUAUACAUUUGCAAAACAAAUUCUGUCUUUGUUUUCUAUCUGUUAGUACAUGUAAAUAAUGUUUUAUUUAAACGUUAUUCUUGUACUGUGCCACAUAAUGUCAUCCACAGACGGUGAUAAUGAUGUCAUUUGAGCAUCAUAAAGCAGAUAUGAAGUAUGAUAUCCAGCACAGAAAUAAUAAGAGGGAAUACUUGAAUACUAAUCAGCACAGUUUAUAACAAUCUGGGCAGUGCAAAUAGACAUUAAUCCUGUUAGCAUUUUGCAUUAUAUGCCUACCGUUGUCUUUAAUUUAUUAAUCUAAGAGAAGUAGACAUAAAAAAAAAGCAGAUGCUAUGGGGAUACAGAGAGCGUGGCGCUGCUGUCAGCUAAACUGGUGUUGGUGUUUCUGUUCUGAAUGUUGUGUGGAGGAGAGGUGGGAGUAGGUGGAGUGUUUAGUGACAUUCUAUGAAUGUGUUGGAGAAGAGAAAAUAUUUGUCAUUCACAUUUUAUGUUGUUAUUUACAAUAAAUACCAAAUUAACUGAUA